AUGAAUUUCUUCAGAUUUCUCCUGCUUCUGAACACGGUCGUGGUCCAGCUCACCGUAAGCCAGGACUAUCAGUCGGGCUCCGCUUCCGGGGGAAGUUCUGUGGUCGAGAAUGGAAGCAUGGCUUCCUCGGGAGACACCAUUUUGACUGGUGCCUCGGGCAGCACGGUGCCAAGCGGGUCAACGCAAGACGACACUACCCGGAGCUCAACCACAGCUGCAACCGAGACUCCUGUUCCAUCAGCUACGGAGACCCCAGCACCCACAUUCCACGACGUCACGGACAAUUCGGCUACUUCGGCGACUACUCCGAGUACGAGUACCAGUACGGCGUCAAGUGAUUCUCCAGCGUCGGCUGCCCAGGACGGCUCCAGUGCUGUCACGCCAGCAAACACGACGCCAGCUCCUGCUCCAACAGCUACGCAGACACCAGCGCCCACAUUCCACGACGUCACGGACAAUUCGGCUACUUCGGCGACUACUCCGAGUACGAGUACCAGUACGGCGUCGAGUGAUUCUCCAGCGUCGGCUGCCCAGGACGACUCCAGUGCUGUCACGCCAGCAAACACGACGCCAGCUCCUGCUCCAACAGCUACGCAGACACCAGCGCCCACAUUCCACGACGUCACGGACAAUCCGGCUACUUCGGCGACUACUCCGAGUACGAGUACCAGUACGGCGUCGAGUGAUUCUCCAGCGUCGGCUGCCCAGGACGACUCCAGUGCUGUCACACCAGCAACAACCAAUGCUGUUCAUGUAGCCGCAGCAACGCCGUCAGCAACAUUUCACGUGGUGGUGGAUGGUUCUGCUAGCGCAGCGGCAACUCCAAGUGCCGAUGCUGCAGCGUCGUCGACGGUUGUGCUAACACCGGCCGUCGCAGUUUCUUCAACUACAUCGAAGGUAUCGGCACAGAACGCAGGAACUACUGCCACAGCGACAACACGGUCUUCAGUCCCUCUGGUGGUUACUAGUACGGCGAAUGCGGGAACAACGUCCUCUAUUGAGACGUCACACUCUGUGACGGCAUCUACUGCCCUCAAGGGUAUCACCGCCUCCAGUAAUGGUGUCACUGUAGCCUCACAAGUCGCAUCAGCGGGAUCUUUAGCAUCGUCAGCUACGGCGUUAACCCGGACUGGCAGCGCCACGGUGGUGAGAACUGUGUCGAGUGUGAACUCAAGCACUACGUCUUCGGAAAUCUCGUCGUCAGCAACAGCGCGUGGCCAGUCAACGCUUGAUGCAAGUACUUCGUCCAACUCGAAAAGCACCAAAGCGACUGCAACCCGGCCGUCAACUACCACCAAUAGCGCCGCGACUCAGGAGCAAGAGGGGUCUGCAUCGUCCAGUACGUCGACCACGGGCAGCCAUUCCAGCACAUUGACGGGUACCCCUUUCAGGGAUGUGGUCGACAACGCAAACCUCAGCAGCAGCAUCGCCAAUUCGGAGACUGGAGUUGGGUCGCGCUAUGGUUCAGGCUCAGACGUCUGCAUUACAGUCCACAAUUCAGCUUCUGGCAGUUCGGAAGGCACAGGAGAAGACGCCGCCGCAAGCAGCAGCAAAGCAAGCGGCUCGGAAGUUAAAUCGGGCUCGGGGACCAGUCCUACGGCCAUUGGUGCAUCGCUUCUAUUGCUUCUGGCUGUCAUGCAUGCACAAUCUACGGUCUACUGA